AUGUGGACGCCGCCUGCGCCGGAUGCUGUUCCGGCACCCGUGCAGGGCAAGAUCCGCGAUAUCCAUUCGCUGGCCAACUUUAACGAGCUGUGCCCCGAGCACAUGCACCUCGACUGGACGGUCGACUGGGACAAGAAGCGUAUCCACGGAACGGUUACGCACACCCUGCGCGUCCUCCAGGAGGGUACGACGCAUGCUACCUUUGACACGUCGUACCUCAAGAUCGGUGACGUGCUCGUCGACGGCAAGCCGGCCGAUAGCGUCGAACUGCAGCCGCGCCGCAAUGCGCUGGGCGAGCCGCUGGUGAUUGGCUUUGGUGCGCGUUCUGCGGAUGCCAAGGUCACGGUGCAGAUCGCCUACUCGACCACCGACGAGUGCACCGCGCUCGGCUGGCUGGCCAAGGAGCAGACGCACGCCAAAAAGCUUCCCUUCCUCUACUCGCAGUGCCAGGCGAUCCACGGCCGUUCGCUGCUUCCCUGCAUGGACACUCCGAGCCGCAAGGUGACGUACACGGCUUCGGUCACGUCGACCAUCCCCGUGCUCAUGUCGGCCCUGCAGAACGGCGAGCCGAAGGACGUCGAGGAGGGCGGCAAGGUGUACAAGUUCAAGCAGCCUGUCGCCAUUCCCAGCUACCUGGUCGCGAUCGUGGGUGGCGAACUGACCUUCCGCUCGCUUGGUCCCCGCACCGGUGUCUGGGCCGAGCCGCCGGAUGCCGAUGCCGUUCAGUGGGAGUUUGAGGCGGACGCCGAGCGCUUCCUGGAGCAAGCCGAGAAGCUUGUGUCGCCCUACUCGUGGACGCGCUACGACAGUGUCGUGCUCCCCCCGUCGUUCCCGUACGGUGGCAUGGAGAAUGCAAACCUCACCACGCUCACGCCGAGCCUGGUGUGUGGCGACCGCAGCGCGACCGAUGUGCUUCUGCACGAGCUGUGCCACUCGUGGAGCGGAAACCUCACCUCGUGUGUGAACUGGGAGUCGUUCUGGCUUAACGAGGGCUGGACGGUCUACCUCGAGCGCCUGCUCCUCCAAAAGGUACACGGCGAGGAGGAGGGACCUGCCCACCGUGGUUUCUCGUACAUCAUCGGUGCGCGUGGCCUAAAGGAUGCGCUGGCCGGUUUCUCCGGCACGCCUCGCUUCCAGCGCCUGAUGCCCGAGUACGAGGAGGGCGAGGACCCGGACGAUGCUUUUAGCACCAUCCCCUACGACAAGGGCUCCAACUUCCUCCUGCACUUGGAGCGCGUCGUCGGUGGUCUGGACGUGUUCGUGCCGUACGUCAAGGCGUACUUCCACGCGUUUUACAACCGCGCAGUGAGCACGGAGCAGUGGAAGGAGCACCUCUUUGCGUACUACUCGGGCAACCCCGAGAUUAUUGCCAAGCUUGAGCAGGUUGACUGGAAUGGCUGGCUCCACGGCGAGGGCCUCGACCUGCCGGUGCGCAUGGAGUACGACGACACGCUUGCGCGUGACGCCUACAAGCUUGCCGACCGCUGGGUCAAGGCUGUGGACCAAUCCAAGUCGCGCGCUGAGGUGGCCGACAAGUUUGGACCGCAAGACAUGGAGGGCUGGAAUGCGAACCAAAAGGUCGUCUUCCUCGAGGCUCUGCACAGUGAUAAGGCCUUGCCGAAGUUUGCGAUCGAGUGGCUCGACGAGGCGUACGAGCUGGCGGGCGCGGCUAACAGCGAGGUGAACCUGCGCUUCUUUGAGCUCGCGCUUGCGGCGAAGAACAGCGGUUAUGAGGAGCGCGCGGCCGAAUGGGUCUCGACGCAGGGUCGUAUGAAGUACUGCCGUGCGAUCUACAAGGCGCUCUACAAGGCGAACCCCGAGCUGGCUCGCAAGACGUUCAAGGAACACAAGAGCUUCUACCAUCCGAUUGCGGCGGCGAUGAUUACCAAGGACAUGGAGCGCACCGACGCUCCAACGAAAACGCCGAUUCUGGCUGUGGUCGGCAGCACAGGCGCAGGCAAGUCGCAGCUCGCUGUCGAGAUGGCAGAAUACGUGAAACGGUCUGGCGACGCAGAGAUUGUCUCGGCAGACAGCAUGCAGACCUACGAGGGUCUGGACGUGAUUACCAACAAGGCAGCGCCGGAGGAGAUGCGCGAUAUACCCCACCACCUCAUGAGCUUCCUCGAGCCGGGGCACGAGUACGACAUUACCCAGUUCAUGUCUGAUGCAACGCGUCUGUGCGAGGACAUGCAGCGCAAAGAGACAGUGCCGGUGCUCGUGGGCGGCACGACGUACUAUAUCCAGCACCUCCUUUUUCCUGGUCGCCUCGUCUCUGCCAGCGAGAGCGAGAUGCCGGAACAAAAGGAGAACAAAGAGCUCGAGGCAGAGGUCGCGCGCCUCCCUGAUACUCAGCGUGCUUUGUGGGAGGCACUCGAUGCGCCAAACGCCAAUGCGACGCCGCCUGUCGAGUCGCCCGAGCUCUGGGCGCUACUCAACGCUCUGGACCCCGAGAGUGCAAGCCGCUGGCACUAUCGAGACCACCGCAAGGUGUACCGUAGCCUGCGCAUCCUCAAGGACACGGGCACACGCCAGUCCGAGUGGGUGCAUGCGCAGGACGCAUCCAGCGGAGAGGAAGCGUCGCCGCCGUCGUUUGGCGAGCGCCGCCUUUUUUUCUGGGUCUGGAGCGAGCGGAGCGUGCUAUGCGAGCGCCUAGAUGCGCGUAUCGGCAAGAUGGUUGAGCGCGGUUUGCUGGACGAGAUUCGCACGCUGCGUGCGAUUGCGAGCCAGGCACGCGAUCCUGUGGACUACACGCGCGGCAUCUACCAGGCUAUCGGAUACAAAGAGUUUGAUGCCUACCUUUCGCACUGCGACGCGGGAGGCGAGGGGGAGCGAGGCAAAGCACUGUUCCACGACGCAAUUGCGCAGAUGCAGGUGGCGACGCGGCGUUAUGCCAAGCGCCAGACGUCGUGGAUCCGUAACCAGCUCUUGCCGGAAAUCCACCGCGCUCAGGAAAAAGGCGAGGAAGUGUACAUCUACGUCCUGGAUGCGAGCGACCCCUCGCAAUGGGACGACCGCGUGCACAAGCCUGCAGAGGCCAUCACACAAGCAGCGACCGAGCUGCUUGCUGGUGCGAAGCGGACGCAAGGCUCUUUGGAGCGCAACCAGAUGUACACGUGUGAUGUGUGCACGAGCGACCCCGAGCGCCCGUUCCGGGUGCGUGAGAACGAGCGGGAGAAGCACCUGCAGUCCCGCACGCACCGCUACGCGCUCAAGCGCAGGACACGUCAAACGUGGAUUGCCGAGCACAAGGAGCAUGGCGAGCAGACACGCAAAGAACGUGAGGCACAGCGCAAAGAAUCUACACAAUAG